AUGGGUUGGCCAGCACUUGAUCUUCCACCACCAAUCAGACCUGAUUUUACUGCUCGCGUAAAUUUGGCAAAGGUUAACAAUGCUUCUCUUAACCUUUUAGGCAAUAUUGCAAAUGGUACUUGCCCUGCUACAGAUACAUCUUGUUACUGGCCUUGCUCUAAAUGUACUCGCCCAGCUGAUAUUUUCUAUUGCCCAACUGUGAAUGGUAAUAAUGAUACAAUUGCCAUUCUUGACCUUCUCAAAGCUCAAAAUCUAAAAAUCACUUUCUUCGUUGUUGGCUCUCGAAUAGUCUCAAAUAAUGCUAUCUUAUUAAGAGCUUUUCAAGAAGGUCAUCAAAUCGGUGUUCAUACAUGGUCUCAUUCAUACCUUACUACCCAAUCUACUGAACAGGUUAUUUCAGAAUUAGAAUGGACUGCAGAAAUUAUAAAAAAUGUAACUGGUGUCAGACCAAUAUACAUGCGUCCACCAUUUGGUGAUUAUGAUGAUCGUAUACGUGAUAUAUGCGCUCAACUCGGUUAUAAAAUUGUUAUAUGGGAUAAAGAUUCAAAUGAUUGGCAUUUCAAUGAUACAGGUUUUCAAACUUCAUGGAUUACUUCAAAUUUCUCUAGUUGGAUGAAUGAAUCUUCCACUACUGGUCAUAUUUCCCUUGAACAUGACUUAUUCUCAGUAACUGCGGCUCAAGCUCCACAAGUUGUUGAUAUUCUUGUAAAAGCUAAACGUAUUAUUAGACCUGUUGCCGAUUGUUUAGGUUACCCUGGUUUAUAUUAUAACGAAAGUAAACCUUUAACUACUACUACCCCUUCUCCUUCUCAACCUGUACAAAUUGAGGUAUAUGUUAGAAAAUGA